GUUUUUACAACACCUUCAAAACUACGCGUGUAGCUACGACUUCCUCCCCAACUUCACCAUGGCCGACUCCGACUCCGAUUACGUUGGCUCCUCCGAUAACGAAGCCGGCAUUUCCACGUCCAAAAAAGGGCGCGACGGUCGCAAACGCGAGAAAGGCAAAUCACGAGAGAAACCACGCGAGCGAUGGGAGGAGGUUCAGCGAGCUUGGGACGUGGGUCUCGGUGACGAUAUCGAAUCGACAGUAGCGGGGCUGUUGGAAGCGGGCAAGAAGCGGCGCCUCCUUAAGGACGAGACACCACUGCAGCGAGGUAUCAUUCGGCAUCUUGUUCUGAUUCUAGACCUGUCUAUUGCUAUGGCGGAGAAGGAUUUGCGGCCUACCCGAUAUCUCCUCUCGAUCCGGUAUGCGUGCGACUUUGUCCGCGAGUACUUCGAGCAGAAUCCAAUUUCACAGAUGGCGGUGGUGGGCAUGCGUGACGGACUUGCGCUGCGCGUGUCAGACAUGUCGGGGAACCCAGUCUACCACAUCGACGCGAUUGAGAAGCUACGACUCGACGACCCGUUGGGCUCGCCGUCACUGCAGAAUGCCCUCGAAAUGGCGCGUGGAGCUCUCUUCCAUACACCGUCGCACGGCACUCGGGAAAUCGUCAUCGUCUACGGCGCCUUGUGGUCUGCCGACCCCGGUGACAUCCACAAUACCAUACGAUCGCUGGUCACCGAUAAAAUCCGCGUCGCCAUCGUUGGUCUUGCAGCGCAGGUCUCGAUCUGCAAGGAGCUGGUCAAGCUCACGAAUGCGGGCGAUACCGGUAACUACGCGGUGGCGCUACAUGAAGUCCAUUUCCGCGAGAAGCUGCUGGAGGCAACCACUCCUCCCGUCACUCGGUCCCAAAAAAUGUCGGCAAACGGCCUAUUGAUGAUGGGGUUCCCUUCACGUAUAGUGGAACGUACGGCGUCGCUCUGCGCCUGCCAUUCAAACGCGACGAAGGGGGGCUACCUCUGUUCGCGCUGCAACACAAAAGUGUGCCAACUGCCCUGCGAGUGUCCAUCCUGUGGCUUGACGCUUAUCCUGUCUACACAUCUGGCACGGUCGUAUCACCACCUCUUCCCGCUACGCAACUGGCGUGAGGUAAACUGGGUAGAGGCAAGAAAGAGCACGAACUGCUUCAGCUGUCAGACGGCCUUCCCAGUGCCUCCGGAUGAGGGCACGAAUGCGCCCGCAAAAACACAGCACAACACAAGUGUCAGUUCGCGCUAUAGGUGUCCGGAAUGCGCCCAGCACUUCUGUGUGGAUUGCGAUGUGUUUUGCCACGAAACAUUGUACAAUUGUCCCGGCUGCCAGAGUGUUUGGGAUGAUUUUGUUCGGACGACGCUGUAUCAUAUCUUGCGAGCGUGUAUAGCAUAG